AAAAAUCAAAAAAAUAAAAAAUUCCAGCGGGGGUUCUCCCCAAUCUUUAAUACAAGCAUUCCUUUAGCACUGGCGUAUUGCCGCCCCCUUCCCCACCGGGGUUCUCCCCAAUCUCCCUUUUCACACGCCAUCGAUCCCCCCCCCCCCUCAAUAUCACGAGCCCGGGGUUCUCGUCGGCCGCAUUGUGCCCCGCCUCGGCCGACAUGGAGGCGUCAGUCGGAGCCGUAGAGCAUAUCAUUUCCUACAGCUUCACGGACAAAACGCUUCUUGAAGAAGCCCUGACCCACUCCUCCUACACCGACUUCCCUUCCUACCAGCGCCUCGAAUUCGUUGGCGACGCUGCCCUCGGCCUCGCUUUCACCAAUUACGUCUUCCUCGCCUACCCUCAUCUCGAUCCCGGUCAGCUCUCCCUCCUACGAGCCUCCAAUAUCAGCACCGAGAAACUUGCUCGCGUUGCCGUCCGACACCGCCUCUACCGCUACCUGAGGCACAAAUCCGCCGCUAUUGAUGAUAAGGUUAAAGAGUUUGUUGAUGCAGUCAGUAAGGAAGAUGAUACGGCUAUAUAUGGUGGUAUUGUAAAGGCCCCUAAGAUACUUGCUGACAUUGUAGAAUCUGUGGCAGCGGCUAUAUACAUUGACAUCAAUUUUGACCUGCAAAGAUUAUGGGUGAUUUUUAGGGGUCUCUUGGAGCCUAUUAUUACUCUUGAAGAAUUGCAGCAACAACCCCAACCUGUUACAAUGCUGUUUGAGCUGUGUCAGAAGCAAGGGAAGAGAGUUGAUAUCAAGCAUUGGAGAAAGGGGGCAAAGAAUAUUGCUAGUGUAUAUGUCGAUGGGGUGUUUGUUGCUUCGGGUUCGUCCGAGCAGAAGGAAAUGUCAAAGCUUGAUGCUGCAAAGCAAGCUUUGCGUAAGUUAUCACAGUCCAUGCCCAUUAGCAUUGGGCCACCUCAAUUUUCGGUUGAGCUCAAUGGAUCAUUUGAGAUUGAAGGUGCGAAACAAAAGUUGCAUGAGCUAUGCAGUAUGAAAAAGUGGCCGAAGCCUAUUUACAGAAUUGAGAAGGACGCGGGUCCACCACAUGAGAGGAAAUUUGUAUGCUCUGUUCAAGUAGCAACGAUAGGAGGUACUUUCUUUAUGGUGGGAGAUGAAAAGUCAAGAAUAAAGGAAUCAGAUAGUUCCGCUGCUUCAUAUUUAAUUCGUGCCUUACAUGAAUCGAAUUAUCUGUGAUGCUGCUUCUCAGUUUAGAAUAAUUAUGAGAUAGAAGCUGUCACAUUUUGGAGGUUUUGGAGCUUUGAGAUAUAGGAUUUUAAGUAUUUAGCUCCAUUUUCUAUACAUUAUACAUAAUACUUAAAAGUGAAAUGUUUUAAUA